AUGGCCAGCAAAGUGAACGGCAACGGCAACGGCGUCGAAGACGAAAACCUCUACCACAUCAUCUUCAGCAUCUCUAACAUCCCCAAAGACCCGAACCUUGCAGUCGAGAAACUGCGGGUCUGCGGUACCUACACAGACCUGCCGACAGCCAAAGCGGAGGCACACAAGACUCUCUUCGAGGCAGGCUACGAACGAGAAUGGUUCACCGAAUACGAUACCAAUGAGAAAGACUUUGAAACCCAUCAUAUAAAGAGAAAAACCGGUCUUAAUGUCUUUGCAAAAGCGGGCGACGGCACUACCUUCCGUGUGAGCGUAGCAACCACACCCAACACCGAACACUUCGAGAGCAACCCAGAAGAUCACAAAGUGCAUGGCGAUCUGUAUCAUGUGGUACAAACCACAGUCUUGUAUGACGAAGACGAUAGUGGCGAAGCCCGGGAGUCAAUUGUGGAAGGCUCGUUUAGAAAGUACGAGGAUGCCAGGAAAUUCGCCAGCACGGUUCUCCUAGCACCUGAAGACGGCGUGACAAAGGAGUCAUAUGCAGAGUACGAUGAAGCAGGCCCAACAGAGAAGGAUUGCGGAUACGGCGAGAAUGUGGUGGUGCAUGCGGUUGGCGGCAACGGCGAGAAUCUGUUAAUCAGUGUUUUGAAGGGCCAGGAGAUGGAAUCGGUUAGGCUGGCAGAGGCAGCGAUGAGAAUUCGCUCGUUCAAUUAA